AUGGGUUCCGCUCGGCGUAGUUGGCGGCUUGAUUCUAAAGAAAUUUUUGAUGUUUUGGUAAAUGAUGUUGACUCAGACAUUGAGGAAGACCCGGAAAUUCAAAUUGAAGAGGUAAUUCAAGACUUACAAGAGGUGGUAUCGUUCCAAGAUCAAGAUAAUGAUGAUGCAUGUCAGAAAACAUAUCUGAACCAGAACAGGGUCGAAGCCGGGGUCGCUCGACUACCCGCUGCAGCGGCGGCAGACAUGCAUCAACUUCUGUCAGGGAAAUGGACGAAGCUAAUAGAUGGUCAUACCAAGCAGUGCAGCAGCUGCUUGAAAAUCCAGUAUUUCAAGAAAUAUCUCGCGUAUUAG